AUGUCUCUCACCAAGGCCAACAGCAUCAUUUGUGGGGUCGCUGUAGGGCCGGAUGACUCCCCUUGGCAAAACGAGUUCCGUGCGAUCUUCACUCAAGAUGAGGAUUGGGAUAGCCCCCAUCUCUCAGGCGUGGGCGUAAGGCCACGUUUCCCGGACAUGGUGCCAGUAAGCCCCACCAUGCGCUAUGAUGGCCCAAACCUCAACGGGACAUCUCUGAGAAAUAUCGAGUUGUGCACGUCUCGGUUUGGCACCCGCAGUCUUGCCGUGCUGUUGGAAGAGCUGCAUUACCCGAAUCGUGUCGAUAUCUCUACUCUUAAUCGUCUAUGCAGGUCCUUUCCGAUUAAGUUGGGGAUUUUACACUGGGGCCAUGAUUUUGGAGGAUUGCUUGAAUACUCUGCGACUCUCGAGCCUCUCUUCCCUGGCGAGGAGCCUCUUCUUAGCGGAAGAAUUGCGCCAGGCAUGCAACUUCCCCACGAGCGACUGCACCUUGCUGGCCCUUUGAGUAUACCACCGUUAAAGCAGGCACUCAAUAGGUGCAAUGGCACCAGAAAUAAUACCAAACUACCUGGCAGUCAAACCUCAUGCAAGGAUCACGAAUGCACCUCUAGCCGCCCAGACAUCUUCAGUUCCCUUCCCAUUGAAAUCUUGCAUGAGAUCGUCCUUCUUUUGCCAUCCUAUGAUGUUUUGAGUCUGAAACUAUCUUCAGCUGUAUUUGCUACUCUAGUCCUACCCAAUGCCUUCUGGGCCUCACGUUUUGAACAAGGAUUCGAGUUUGAUCACGUCUUUGAAGCUCGACAAUACCGUGAAAAACAGUUCGACUGGAAGUCCCUGUACCUGCAAGUGAAAUGGCUUCAAACAGACCCCUACUUGGGGAAUAGACAACGCAUAUGUAAUAUACUUCUCCGGUUAAAAACAGUACUUUGUGCGUUCUCCGGGGUGCUUCUUGACGGCCGGCCAUCAAGGUCAUUUUUUGAAGCCGAUGCGCCAGCGGAUAGCGUGGCGUACAACUAUGCAGGUGGCGUGUUACAAAUGCAUAGUCGUUCCUUUUUACAGGGGUGCCGAGCACUGUGGACUCGUACUGCGCAAAUUUCUAGCAAUAUCACAAGAAUCUACAUUUCAUUUGUUACUUUUAAUGAUACCAAACAUAUUUCGGGGCUGCAAUUUUGUCAAGAGAGUGGAGAAGAUGUCAGACUUGGGUACAUUUUCCCUCAGAUAUUCUUCUCGAGCUCUGAAUCUGGGCCCGGCGAGGGUGGGUUAUGGCAUGGCCACCCAGAAGGCAUUCUAAAAACAAGGCUGCUCAUCAGGUUCUCGAGUAACUUCGUCUUGAAAGCCGGGUUUGAUGGAUUUAAAAUGGUGUCUUUGGGUGCUCCCAGCAGUGACUCGCCAGCAAUCAAUAAGGAACUUUCCAAUGACAGCCGUCUAGGCCUUAGGGAAACCUCUCAAUGGUAUCCAGAGGUCCCUGACUCUUGCCUGUGUUUAAACGAAUCGUCGUUCCGGAAUCCCACUGGUGAAGCUCACAGAUAUGCACCUCUGACCACUUUCCUUUUCGGUGGAUUAGGGGGCUCACAUCUCAAAAGCUCAUUCAAAUCACUGCCUGGGUAUUUGAUUACCACCGGCUUUGCGGUAUAG